AGCACUCGGAGGAACUCGGCUUAGUUCCAAGAAGAAAGCGAUCAGCCCUCCAGGCAGGACGCGCAACCCCAGGUCGGAGUCGCUGACUGGCUCCGCAGGAGAGCAGACAGGCGCUGGGACGCGACGGCGGGUGGGAGAUUAAGAAAAAAAAAGAUCCCUGAGUAACUCAAAUGCAGGAACAUUUGAACAUUCCAGGGUAAAAGAUCUGUACUAGCAUGUCUGCCUACUACAGGAACAAUGGGUAUGAAGAACAGCCAGAUUACCCUGACUAUUCAGGAUCACGGAACCACACACAGGGGUAUUUGAAAACUCAGGAUUAUCCGGAUGCUCUAGGUCCUCUGAACAGCUCAGAUUACUCCAAAACCAGGAGCAACCCAUACUCUGAAGACUCCAGAACAAAUCCAGACUAUCCCAGGUCUCUAGCAGAACCAGAUUAUCCUGGAUCUUUGAGUAAUCCAAACUAUCCUGGCACCAGAAACAGUCCGCACUCUGCAGGCUCCAGAAGAAAUCCAAACUAUCCCAGAUCUCUAGCAGAGCCAGAUUAUCCUGGAUCUCAGAGUAAUGCAGACUACCAUAGCAUCAGGAGCACUCCAUACUCUGCAGGCUCCAGAAGAAGUUCAGACUAUCCUACAUCUCUGGCAAAGCCAGAUUACAUUGGAUCUUGGAGCAAUCCAUACCAUCCAGACUCAUUCAAAGAGCCAGACUACUCUGAGUCUCAACGAAAUCCUGACUUUGCAAGUUCCAGAAGCAGUGGAAACUAUGCAGGCUCCAGAACAAAUCCUGAUUAUCUUGGCUCCUGGGGAGAACCAGACUACCCUGGAGCUAAGGGAAAUGCUAACCAUCCUGGCCCUAGAGCCAAUUCCAAUUACUAUCCAGACUCUAGAAGGAACCAAGAAUAUGCUGGUUUUGAAAUCAAACCAUACAUAGAUACUCUGGGAGACCCUGAUUAUCCAGAUGCUGAGAAUCAACCUAACUCUCCAAACUUUUUAGGGAAACCAGACUAUCAUGGUGCUGAGAACUAUCAGAAUUCAAAUUUCUGGGUGGAGCCUGAUUACCCAAAUGCUGAGGAUGAUCAUGAUUAUGGCUCUUCCAAGACUCCAGAAAUGACCACGGAGGUGCUCGGCAGAACAUCUUCAAUCCAGCCCUCAUUUCAUCAUCGGGGUGACAGCCCUUUGGGCUUGCUUGCAAGAGAGAAUGAAGAUUACCCUGAAAGCAUUGAAAUGCAAUCUGUAGGGAUGGUGAAUCCAUAUGGCCACUCUGACAAUGGCUACGUGAACCCUGCUUAUGUGGAUGAAAGUAGCCCUGGCCCAGCUUACAGAAACCCACUGUCUGGAGGUGAUUGGUACAAAUCGUCCCAAGGGCAAAAGUUAAUCGCAUCUCUGAUACCCAUGACAUCUCGAGAGAGAAUUAAAGCCAUCAGGAAUCAGCCAAGGACUAUGGAAGAGAAAAGGAACCUUAGGAAAUUGGUUGACAAAGAGAAAAGUAAGCAGUCCCAUCAUAUCCUUGAGUUCAACUGUUGCACUCAGUGCCUGAACUCCUUUUCAUUGGCAUACCGGAGAUCCAAGAACUGCCUGUCGGAGCUGCUCAAUUCCAUCAGCCUGUGGCAGAAGACACUCAAAGUCAUUGGAGGCAAAUUUGGAACCAGUGUCCUGUCCUACUUCAACUUUCUGAGGUGGCUUUUGAAGUUCAACAUUUUCUCAUUCAUUGUGACCUUCAGCUUCCUCACAAUCCCUCAGUUUACUGUGUCUGGAAGGAACACUCUCCAAUUCACAGGACUGGAAUUUUUCACAGGAGCGGGUUAUUUUCGUGACACAGUGAUGUACUAUGGCUUUUACACCAAUUCUACGAUCCAGCAUGGGAGCAGUGGGGCACCCUACAACAUGCAGUUGGCCUACAUCUUCACAAUCGCAGCCUGUUUGAUCAUCUGCUUUUUCAGUUUGCUAUUCAGCAUGGCCACAUAUUUCCGGGACAACUUCAUUAACCCCCACAUUUACUCCAGAGGGAUCACUAAACUUAUUUUUUGCUGGGACUUCACAAUCACUCAUGAAAGAGCUGUGAAGCUGAAACAGAAGAAUCUUAGCACUGAGAUAAGGGAGAACCUGUCAGAAAUCCGUCAGGAGAAUAUCAAGUUAACGCUCAAUCAGCAGCUGAGCCGCUGGUCUGUCUACCUAGCAGCCUGGGUUGUCUCUACUGGAGUAGCCACUGCCUGUUGUGUAGCUGUUUAUUACCUGGCUGAGAACAACUUAGAGUUCCUGCAGAGCCACAGGGACCCCGGGGCAGUGCUGUUACUGCCUUUCACGGUGUCCUGCAUCAACCUGGCAGUGCCUCGCUUCUACUCCGUGUUCAAGCUGGUGGAGCGCUACGAGGUGCCACGGCAGGAAGUUUACGUCCUCCUGAUCCGAAACAUCAUUUUGAAAAUAUCAAUCAUUGGAAUUCUAUGUUACUAUUGGCUCAACAUUGUGGCCCUGGCUGGUGAAAAGUGUUGGGAAACCCUCAUUGGCCAGGAAAUCUAUCGGCUCCUUCUGAUGGAUUUUGUGUUCUCUUUAGCCGAUUCCUUCCUGGGGGAGUUCCUGAGGAGAAUCAUUGGGAUGCAAUUUAUCACAAGUCUUGGCUUACAGGAGUUUGACAUUGCCAGGAAUGUCCUAGAACUGAUCUAUGCACAAACUCUGGUGUGGAUUGGAACCUUCUUCUGCCCUCUGCUGCCCUUUAUCCAAAUGGUUACUCUUUUCAUCAUGUUUUACGUCAAAAAUAUCAGCCUGAUGAUGAAUUUCCAGCCUCCAAGCAAAGCCUGGCGGGCCUCACAGAUGAUGACCUUCUUCAUCUUCUUGCUCUUCUUCCCGUCCUUCACUGGGGUCCUGUGCACCCUGGCGAUCACCAUCUGGAGAUUGAAACCAUCAACUGAUUGUGGCCCAUUUCGAGGACUGCCCUUCUUCAUUCACUCCAUUUACAGCUGGAUCGACACCCUGAGUAAAAGGCCUGGCUACCUGUGGGUGGUUUGGAUCUACCAGAACCUCAUCGGAAGUGUGCACUUCUUUUUCAUUCUCACCCUUAUUGUAUUAAUCAUCACCUACCUUUACUGGCAGAUCACAGAGGGAAGGAAGAUUAUGAUCAGACUGCUCCAUGAACAGAUCAUUAAUGAAGGCAAAGAUAAAAUGUUCCUGAUAGAAAAGUUGACUAAGCUGCAGGAUGCAGAGAAGAGAGCAAACCUCAGCUCCUCCACACUGGAAAGGAGAGACAUGGAGGAGCCAGGCCCUUUGUAUGUCGGGGAACAUGAAGCUGCUUGUGACCUGCGAUUUAGGCGGUCAGUUCAAGAAGAUAAUCCAAAGGCCUGAUGUUUAUUGUAAUAGCCAGACACUAAUCAAAUAAGGAAAGAAGAUAAAAAUGGAACACCUUCUUCCACAACACAUAGGACUUCCAGAGCUUCUCA